AUAGGCAUACGGCCUCCUGUUGUGAAUGGCCCAAUGCCAUCACGGCCACUGGUUGCGCUCCUGGAUGGAAGAGAUUGCACUGUGGAGAUGCCCAUCCUGAAGGAUGUUGCUACAGUUGCAUUUUGUGAUGCUCAGUCAACUCAGGAAAUCCAUGAGAAGGUACUGAAUGAAGCAGUAGGAGCUCUGAUGUAUCACACCAUUACACUGUCUCGUCAGGAUCUGGAGAAAUUCAAAGCCCUCAGGGUCAUUGUGCGUAUUGGCAGUGGCUAUGACAAUGUUGACAUCAAAUCUGCUGCAGAAUUAGGCAUUGCAGUUUGCAACAUCCCUUCCUCCUCGGUUGAGGAGACUGCUGACUCCACUCUCUGCCAUAUCUUGAACCUCUAUCGACGCGUUACUUGGCUCCAUCAGGCCAUGCGGGAGGGGAAUCGAGCUUCAAGUGUAGAGCAGAUUCGAGAAGUGGCUGGAGGUGCUGUGCGUAUCCGUGGGGAGACUUUGGGCAUCAUUGGACUAGGCCGAGUUGGACAGGCAGUGGCUCUGCGAGCCAAGUCCUUUGGCUUCAACGUGAUUUUCUAUGAUCCCUAUCUGCCGGAUGGAGUGGAGCGAUCCUUGGGUUUACAACGAGUAGGAACCCUGCAGGAUCUACUAAUGCACAGCGAUUGCAUCACAUUGCACUGCAGCCUGAAUGAACAUAACCAUCACCUCAUCAAUGACUUCACUAUUAAACAGAUGCGCCAGGGCUGCUUCUUAGUGAACACAGCCCGAGGAGGUCUGGUCGAUGAGAAAGCCUUAGCACAAGCCUUGAAGGAGGGGAGAAUCAGAGGAACGGCACUGGAUGUACAUGAAUCUGAGCCUUUCAGCUUUGCUCAGGGGCCCUUAAAAGAUGCACCCAAUGUGAUCUGCACCCCACACACAGCCUGGUACAGUGAGCAGGCUUCCAUUGAAUCCAGAGAAGAUGCAGCUAAAGAGAUCCGCAGAGCUAUUACAGGUCAUAUUCCUGACGCUUUGAGGAACUGUGUUAAUAAGGAAUAUUUGCUGUUAGCAGCUCAGUGGUCCGGUAUUGAUCCUGCAAGUGUCCACCCAGAACUCAACGGAGCUGCAGCAUACAGGUUUCCUCCAGGAGUAGUGGGAGUAACCACCCCUGGGCUACCAGAACCACCAGUAGUGGAAGGGAUUGUAGCUCAUGGGAUCCCUUCUGUUUCCCACUCUGCACCGCGUACCCCUUCCCCAGGAGAAACAAGCAAACUGGAUGCAGACAGAGAGAUUCCUGCUGAUCAGUAGCAGCAUCUUUAUCUUCUCUUCUCUGGCAGCAGGAAAAAAA